UGGGAGGAGGCUGCUGGUGUAAGCCAUGGUGGUGGUGGUGGUGGGCGGUGUGGCGGCGGCUCCGCUGGUUUUGCUCAUCUCACUCUGCGACUGUCUGUCUCCGCGGCCGCUCUACACUAACCAUUGGGCCGUGAGGAUCCCGUCCGGGGGCGGCGGGGAGGCAGACCGACUGGCCGCCAAGUACGGCUUCGUGAACCUGGGCCAGAUCGGAAGUUUGAAAGAUCAUUACCAUUUUCAUCACAGCAAAACCUUUAAAAGGUCCACUGUUUACAGCAGGGGUAUACAUGCCUUUAUUCACCUGGAUUCAAAGGUAGAAUGGGUUGAACAGCAAGUAAUCAAGCGAAGGGUUAAACGACAUGCAAAAAAGAACUUCAGUCUGCACUUCACUGAUCCAGAAUGGUCAAGCAUGUGGUAUAUUCACUGUGAAGAGAAAAACAAAUGCAGAUCGGAAAUGAAUGUUCUUGGUGCAUGGCAAAAAGGAUAUACUGGGAGAAAUGUUGUUGUUACUAUUCUUGAUGACGGGAUAGAGAGAAUGCAUCCAGAUCUGAUGCAGAAUUAUGAUCCUCUUGCAAGUUAUGAUGUCAAUGGGAAUGACGAUGAUCCUACUCCACGAUAUGAUGUCAGCAAUGAAAAUAAACACGGAACGCGCUGUGCUGGGGAAGUUGCAGCGAUUGCUAAUAAUUCCCAUUGUGCUGUGGGUAUAGCAUACAAUGCAAAUAUAGGAGGCAUUCGAAUGUUGGAUGGAUAUGUGACUGAUAUUACAGAAGCACAGUCCUUAAGCAUCAGGCCGAAUCACAUUGACAUUUACAGCGCCAGCUGGGGACCGGAUGAUGAUGGUAAAACAGUGGAUGGUCCAGGAGCGUUAACAAGGCAGGCCUUAGAGCGAGGCAUCCGAACGGGACGAAAUGGAUUGGGGUCCAUUUUUAUCUGGGCUUCUGGAAACGGCGGUAGGCGAGGAGACCACUGUUCUUGUGAUGGUUACACCAACAGCAUCUACACUAUUUCCAUCAGCAGUGCCACAGAGAAAGGCAAUAAGCCUUGGUAUCUUGAGGAAUGUGCAUCCACCCUUGCCACUACCUACAGCAGCGGAGAAUAUUAUGAUCGAAAAAUUGUCACAACAGACUUGCGGCAGGGCUGUACAGAUGGUCACACAGGUACCUCGGUCUCCGCACCUAUGAUGGCGGGAUGCAUUGCUUUGGUUUUGGAAGCAAACCCACUGCUUACAUGGAGAGACGUCCAGCAUAUUUUAGUAAAGACUGCUCGUCCUGUACAUUUGAAAGCUCCAGACUGGAAGGUGAAUGCUGCUGGGCACAAAGUGAGCCAUUUGUAUGGCUUUGGUUUGGUGGAUGCUGAAGCUAUGGUAAUAGAAGCAGAGAACUGGAGAACAGUGCCCACACACCAUGUCUGCCGAAAGACAUCUAAUCGUCAAGUUAGGUUUAUCCGACCUAAUCAGCUCCUUCGGGUUGUAAUUAGCACGGAUGGAUGUUCAAAUCACUCUGAUCAGUGGGUGAAACAUUUGGAGCAUGUCGUCGUUCAAAUCACACUUUCUCAUCCGAAGCGUGGCAAUCUGCAAAUAAGUUUGAUUUCGCCCUCUGGAACAAAGUCACAGCUCCUUUCUAGCAGAUAUUUUGACAAUUCAAUGGACGGUUUCUUAAACUGGGAGUUUAUGACCGUCCAUUGUUGGGGAGAGAGAGUUGAAGGUGAAUGGACUUUGGAAAUUUAUGAUACAGCGAUCCAUCUGCGCCCUUCAGAAUCAAUAGGAAAACUAAAAAAAUUCAAGUUAUUAUUCCAUGGGACAGCAGAGCAUCCUUACUAUCCAAAUGCAGAAAAUGAACAUCAGAAUGUUCCCCAGGUGGGAGAAGAGGAAAGGGGUUACGCCGGGCCCUGUCAUGCAGAAUGUGAUCAACUGGCAUGUGAUGGCCCUGAGGCAGAUAACUGUUUAAAUUGUGUUAAUUUAAGCCUGGGGACUACAGGAUCUAACAGGAAUUGUGUGCAAAUCUGCCCAAUAGGAUUUUACGCAGACAGUCGAGCAGGAAGAUGCCUUUCAUGUGAUAGGACAUGUGAAACAUGUGUUGGCAAGAAUCAGAGUGAUUGCCAUUUAUGUAAAAGGGGAUAUUUCUAUUACGAGGAACUGGACAUAUGCCAGCUCUCUUGUCCGUCUGGCUUUUUUACCGAUGAAAUUGAACGAAGGUGUCAGAAUUGUCCAGAAAACUGCGCGGAGUGUACUGAAAGUGCAGAGAACUGCACAGUCUGCAGAGAAGGGUUCAGUUUACUGGGAAGUCUCUGUGCACCAGAAUGUGACAUUGGGACUUACUUAAACAUGGAAGAAAUGCAAUGUGACUCUUGCGCUGACUGUCUCUUUUGCUUGGGACCUGGACCUCUCGGAUGUAUCAAUUGUCAGAGCGAUUCUGUUCUGCAAGAUCAAGAAUGUGUUUCAACUUGCAAUGAAGGCUUUUAUCCCCAAAAUGUGCAUGGGUUGCAUUUCAGAGUUUGCAAAAGAUGUGCAGAGUUUUGCCUUAGGUGUGGAGGUCCUGGAAAAACUUGUAUAACAUGCAGAGAAGGUCACGUUGUGAUAAAUGGCAUAUGUUUUUCAAACAGCACAUGUUUCAAUGCUGAUCUUGUCUUCUGUAAGAUGAUAAAAUUAAACAAGCUUUGUGAAAAGAAGCUGCUGAAAGAUUUGUGUUGUCGGACUUGUCUCUUGAAUGAAUGAAGAAAAUCAACAACAUCUGGAAAAUAUGAUCAUUAUUUGCCACUGUAUAUUUUCUAUCAUGGACUCAAACCACUAUCAUGGACUUAAACCUUCUUCAAACCAUACGGAAACAGUAUUACAGCCCAGAGUUGAUAGUCACUCACACAUAUACAGAACACACACACAAGCCCAGAAGUAAUAAACUCACACAUAUAGAGAACUCACACACACAAACCCAGAGUUAAUAGAAAAAAAGAUACAUCUGUACUGGCUUUAGUUGAAAGAUAAGCGAAGAGAGCCUGGUCUCAUUUGGCUCUCUGAUCCUAGCUCUCUGUUUCAGGCUGACGUUCCGGUGUUUAAAUCACCUUUGUGAUCAUGAAAAAAAAAUGCGGUCACUCAAUGCACAGCUGUUUGUGGG